AUGGUCGGCUGUGGUUGCCAAGCCCCUGUCGGAGCCCGCGGCGUCCGCCACCACUGGCAGCCCGGCCCCGUUGGUUGCGCCCUCGGCGGCGGGCCAGUCCGUGCUUGCUGUGCUGCCGAUGGCCCCGGUGGGUCAGCCGUCACGCCCCCCGUCGCCGGACCGCCGCCUGUCUUGCCCCCACUCUCCCGCUCUCCACCAGGAGCGCGAGUCGCCACGACGCCGGCGCAAUUCUCCUCGGCGCUACCAUCAGCAGUCUCACUCGCCCGCUCACCAUGGCGGUCGUGGUGGUUGGAGGGGUCCCCGCCAACGCGGAGUGGUGGGGUGUAUUGUCCGCCUGUGACGAUGGCGGAUCUUCAGCAGGUAGUGUCCAAUGCAGUGCGCAAGGAGAGGGCAGCACAGAGCCAGAGCAGUUCGAUGCACGCGUCGCUAGCCUAUGUGGCUCCUCGUCAGGUUGCGCUCCCCUUGAAUCCGCCGCCAGCCACAGCACUCUCUCCUCAGGUUCCAGCCCCGACGGCUGCUGCUCCCGCUGCCUCGGCACCUGCUCCUGGAUUGCGCCUUCGUCUGCCGCCCGUUCCGCCAGUGGCGGGAGUGGAGUUUGUGGCCGCGGGAGGAGGUGCGGCAGGGGCGCAGUAA